UUGAAUUUUGGAUCGGAUUAGUAUUGAUAUAUUUUAGUCCGAUCCGAAAUUCGAAAUUAAUAGGACAUAUAUAAAUAAUACACUUUAAUUUCGGAUAGUCGUUACUUACUUUACAUCAAACUCCAAGUUAUUACGUUUACAGUUGCUAGAUUUAGCUAUAUUAACACCAUAAUACUCUCGUUGCAUAAACAUCAAUUUUUAUUAAUGUAUUCCCUUCUUUACAAAGAAAAUAUAUAUAUUAGUUAACUUUGAGACAUAAUAAUACAUUCGAAAUUCGAUUCGAUCCAAACUUUAAAAUCCGAUAUAAUUCGGAUCGAAUUCAUUGCAUUUUUUAGAAUUCCAAUCCGAAAUGCACUAAAUCUGAUCCCAUCCGUGCACAGCCCUAGUUGCUACCGGCAGCAACUGUUGUUCAGAAACUGUUUCUGGCAAGGAGAGCUGUUUGAAAUUUCUUCUCAUUUCUUGCUUGAUAGCCGUCUGGUUAAGGCUAUUGAUUAUUUUUGACCCAUUUUUUCUGCUCCAUUGAAACAGAGUUCAUUGUAUUUAAGAUAUCAGGUUUAAGCUGUUGGAUUAGAUGUGGAGCAUCAAAGAUAAAUUAUCAACAAGGUUAAUGAAUGUUUGCGUGGCAUCUCUUUGUAAAGCCAAACAAUUGGAGAAAGCUGAAGCUGUUAUAGUUGAUGCAAUAAUAAUUGGAGUACAACCAGAUGUUGUCACUUACAACACAUUGAUUGCUGCAUAUUGCCGCUUUGUUGGCAUAGAUGCUGGUUAUUCCGUCCUGCAUAGGAUGAAGGAGGCUGGAAUUAACCCUAACGUUAUUACAUAUAACACUUUGAUUGCUGGAGCUACAAGAUAUUGCCUGUUGUCUCGAUGUCUUGAUCUGUUUGAUGAAAUGCUUGAGAUGAGUAUUCUUCCUGAUAUUUGGAGUUACAACACAUUAAUGCAUUGCUUCUUAAAAUUGGGAAAGCCAGAUGAAGCGUACAGGGUUUUUCAAGAUAUUCUUUUAAAAGAUAUUUCUGUUCAUCCAGCAACAUUCAAUAUUCUAAUUAAUGGUCUUUGUAUGAAUGGAUAUACGGAGAAUGCCCUAAUGUUAUUUAGGAGCUUAAAGCGUCAUGGAUUUAUCCCUCAGUUAGUAACUUACAACAUUCUUAUUCAUGGGUUGUGCAAGUCAAGACGAGGAAAAGCUGCAAGAGAGUUCCUCACUGAAUUGGUCGAAUCGGGUCAUAUCCCGAAUGCCAUCACUUAUACGACAAUAAUGAAAUGUUGCUUCAGAUGUAAACAAUUUGAAGAAGGCCUUAAAAUUUUUGCGGAGAUGAGAAGGAAAGGAUACACGUAUGAUACCUUUGCUUACUGUACAGUGGCAAGUAUGUUACUUAAAACUGGGAGGAUAACUGAGGCCAGCGAGUACCUGGGCUAUAUUAUUACAAGUGGCUUUAGCCUUGAUACUGUGUCUUUUAAUACCAUUGUUAAUCUAUAUUGUAAGGAAGGUCAGCUGGAUAAUGCUUAUAAGUUGUUAUACGAGGCAGAAAAAGAAGGUUUGGAAUCUGACAAGUACACCCAUGCUAUCUUGAUUGAUGGCUUGUGCAGGACUGGCAAUUUCAAAGAGGCCCUGCAACAUUUGAACAGUAUGAGUAUGAUGGGUUUUGAUUCUAACUUGGUCGCAUGGAAUUCUUUUAUCAACGGGUUGUGUAAAGCUGGUCACUUUGAUCAUGCUUUGCAGAUGUUUGAGUCAAUGGAUGUGAAGGAUUCUGUUACUUACUCUACCAUAGUGCACGGUCUUUGCAAAGCUGGGAGGUUUCGUGCUGCAUCUAAGUUACUACUAUCGUGUAUUAGAGGUGGCAUGAGAAUUCUUAAAUCAGACAAACGAUUUGUUGUUGAUGGUCUUCGUAGUUCUGGACUUUCGCAGGAAGCAAGGAAGGUCCAGUCUAAAAUUCGAUUGGCUAAGAUACUGCAUUAUUAAUAAGGAAUGGUGAUAAACUCUGUCACUGAAGUUUUAACCUUAUUUGACUGGCUAAGAUUCUGCAUUAUAAUGAUUUGUGGAAGCUGAAAAAUCUUAGAAAUUAAAGUGGCUUUAAAGUUUAAACAUCUGCAUUCUGUGCUGGCAAGAGCCAAGAAUUCAUCUUCCAAAUUGGAAUUUCCCAUUUCUCCCGCCAAAGCUUGUGAGUUUGUGAUUCGAAAUUGUCAGUAUGGGAAGCUGAACUGAACAACACCUCCAUUCUAUUCCCUCAAAUUUUUCUACGUCGGCUUCAGUACCACAGAUAGAGACGCUCUAUGUGAAGCUCUACAGCAAAUAUACGAAGAUCGAGGUUUUGGGGGUUUUUCCUUAACCGUUUCUGUUUAUUUUUAUUGCUGCUGAGUGAAAAAAGUUAGUAUCUUUUCCUGUUUACUAUUAUUGAUUUGCGAGACCUUAAAAUUUCAGUUGAUGAAUCUUUUGUCAUGGUCUAAAACAUUGCUUGUUCUAGUUCUACAGAUUGCAUGGCCAUGUUGAUAGGUGGUCUAUCCAUGCUUACAGGGGUCUUUCUAAUCUCAUCCUAUUGCAUGCGUAGAUGCUGGAGGCGUUUGAUUCAAUGGAUAUACCUAAUAAAACACAUUAUGCAAUUACUUGCUAACAUAAAAGUGAACUAGGAACAAAGUGUAAGGCAAUGUGAUUUACUAAAAUUCUUAUGAUUAGUUUGUAGAUUUCCAUGGUAUGUUUUUUCAGGUAUCCCUAGGUUUUCUUCUGACUGUGUGCUUCUUCCUUAUAGUGUGUGCUUUUCAUAUCUAUUAUUUUCCCAUACCUCCAUUCAUCUCACCACAGUUUUGUAAUUUUUUCCUAAUUCCAGUCAGGUUUACUUUAUGUACCUCAGCAUCUAUAUAUCGCGUUUAUCACUUAAUUGACAGUAUUAUGAUUGUUUGCAGAUAGUGGAAAGAAAAAUCAGACGCCACUUGCAAUAGGCCUUAACGUAGGAGGUGCUGUACUUGCCGGCAUUGGCAUUGGAUGGCUAAUCUUCUUCUGCAAACAAAAGAGAAAGCGGAUUGCAG